AGUCUGGAACGGCGGCGGCGAAGGGCUGAUCUCCGUUUACCUGCGGGAGGAAGGAUGGCCCGCUGAGGAGAGAGUGACAGAGCUGAAAAUGUAUCCACCCGGUGAAAAAUCUGGAUUAGGAGAGGCUGUUGCAACAGACGGAAACGACCAAGAAAUAAAAAAAGGCAGCACUUCCAGCAAUGGGGACAGCUUAAUUAAAGCAGAAGAAAAGCCUCAACUGUUUGAAGGAGACCAAGGGGAAGAAAGGGAUAUUUGCUAUGACAACCCAAAAUUGAAAACUGGUGAUGUUGAUUAUAGCAAUGGAGAACCAGCACUGAAAAGAGAAAAUUCCGGGAGUGUCACUGAUCAAAAGACUAUUGAGAAGACAAAUAAUAAUCAUAAGCCAGUACUUGAUUCAUCCUCUAGAGAAUCAGACUUAAACAAGUGUGGCUUGCGAAUGACCAAAAAACUGUUGCGGGAUCUCUGCAAACAGCACAAGUUAUAUACGACUCCAAGCUUGAAUGACACCCUCUAUCUCCAUUACAAAGGAUUUGAUCGUUUGGAGAACUUGGAAGAAUACACAGGCUUAAGGUGCCUGUGGCUCGAGUGCAACGGCCUGACAAAGAUUGAGAACCUGACUGCGCAGACGGACCUGCGUUGCCUUUAUCUUCAACUCAAUUUGAUCCACAAAAUCGAGAACUUGGAACCUUUGCAGAAACUGGACUCUCUCAACCUCAGCAACAAUUACGUUAAGACCAUUGAGAACCUCUGUAAGCAUCUCUGUUUCUCAGGAAAUAAGGCUUGUUAUUCGAAUACGGCAUUAUUUUCCAUUGGGAUUGUCAGAUAG